AUGAGCAGUUCGACGUCUUCAGAGCCCCCGUCCUCGUCGGAGCAGCCGGAAGUGCAGAUACUCGGCAGAAACCGGGAAGACAUGAUCGCUGAGUCGGUGAAGAACGGGGAAGACGUCCAGAAGCAGUUUCCGUCGGUAGACUUCAAAGGCGCCGUCAUCGAGCCGAGCGUUAACUUAUCAUUUGACAUCCAGAGGCACGUUGACGAGACAAAUCAGCGCAGAUACAACACCCUCAUGGCGGAGAUGCUCAAUAACACGGCAGAUACGGCGUUUGCGGAAAGGUUGUUGUGGGAAGCGAGGAAAUGUCUCGAAAACUACCCCGAGGUUGUUUCGCAAUUUGACGAUCUCUUCAUCACUAAACGGCCAGUUCCGGUCAUGAUCAGGGAUCUGCAUGAAGUACUCACGACGAAGAAGGAGACGGUGAGGAGGAUGAGUCUGAAGAAUCCCGAACAAGAAAGUCCAGGAGGCACACGAACAUAG